AGUUAAAUCUUAUUUAAAAAUCAAAUGAAAACGUUUACAUGAAAUAAGGUUAUAAAAAGGUGUUUGUUUUUCCUCUGAAACUUGGACUUAUACCUGUUGCUCCAUAGAUUUCACUUCAGGAUCUUUUUAACGACAUGACUGUCUUAUAAUGCCUCUGUUUAUAUUUUUAUGUAUGCAAUCAUAGUCUAGACAGACAAGAAGCUCAACAGUUCCAGGUUAUUUUGGAUACUGAACUCAGUAUAGAGCUGGUGUUUGUAUUAAUAAAAACAUGCCGCUAUGAAGCUGGCUUGUUGCGUGUGGCUGCCAUCUAGUGGUGAAAGCACCACAUUGUCACGUGUUGUUGUUAUGUGUAUGUGGUGACCGCUAGCUGAUGAGUGAUGGAAGUAGAACAAGCUGAAUUUAAUUUUGAAAUGCAUGGUGACGUCAAACAAAACGGCGUAAUGAAAUAAAAGGUGUUCCUUGAAAUGUAUGCACGUCGAUAGCAGGCGGUCAUCGCUGCUACACGGACUGACAAACCCGGAGUGUUGUGGAGCAGGGCUGCUUUAGCAGCCAGCCAAGAUGGACACCGCUGAGGAAGCGGAUAUCUGCCGGGUAUGUCGCUCAGAGGGGACCCAGGACAAGCCCCUCUACCACCCUUGUGUUUGCACUGGCAGCAUCAAGUUCAUUCAUCAGGAAUGCUUACUGCAGUGGCUAAAACACAGUAGAAAAGAAUACUGUGAAUUAUGCAAACACAGGUUUGCAUUUACACCAAUCUACUCUCCAGACAUGCCAUCUCGUCUGCCUGUGCAGGACAUCUUUGCAGGGCUGGUCACCAGUAUCGGAACCGCCAUCAGAUACUGGUUCCACUACACGCUGGUGGCCUUUGCCUGGUUAGGUGUGGUACCUCUCACAGCAUGUCGUAUCUACAAGUGUUUAUUUACCGGCUCCGUGAGCUCUCUCCUUACCCUGCCAUUAGACAUGCUCUCAACGCAAAACCUGCUCGCUGACUGCCUCCAGGGCUGUUUUGUGGUCACAUGCACAUUGUGUGCCUUCAUCAGCCUGGUGUGGCUCAGAGAGCAGAUUGUCCAUGGUGGUGCUCCCCAGUGGUUGGAGCAGAAUCAACCUCCACUGGUUCCUAAUCAGCCUAACGGCCCUGCACCAGCUAAUGAGGGUGCAGGCGGUAAUGCCCAGGCUCCUGCAGAUGCUGAAGCUGCCAGGAACCCUGCAGAGCUUGCUCCAGAUGGGCUGGCACCUGCCAACGCACAUGAAGCCGGCAACCAUGAUGAGGCAGAACUGGAUGAUGAGGAGGAGGAUGAUGAAGACGAUGAAGGGGAGGAAGAUGAAGAGGACGAGGAGGAUGAGGAAGGCAGGGAAGAUGAUGCUGCUGAUGCCAAUAAUGGAGGACAAGAAGAUUUGAACUGGAAUGCACUGGAGUGGGACCGUGCAGCAGAGGAGCUGACCUGGGAGAGGAUGCUAGGACUGGAUGGUUCCCUAGUUUUCUUGGAACAUGUCUUCUGGGUCGUGUCUCUCAACACACUCUUUAUUCUGGUCUUUGCUUUUUGCCCUUAUCACAUUGGUCAUUUCUCAGUGGUUGGACUUGGUUUUGAGGACUAUAUCAAAGCAUCACACUUUGACGGCCUCAUCACCACCAUACUGGGGUACAUCCUCCUGGCUGGAGCCCUGAUUGUCUGCCAUGCCCUGGCUUCGUUAGUGAAGUUCCAGCGGUCCAGACGCCUGCUGGGUGUCUGCUACAUUGUUGUCAAGGUGUCCCUGCUGGUUGCCAUGGAGAUAGGCUUGUUCCCACUUAUUUGCGGCUGGUGGCUCGACAUUUGUUCACUGGAGAUGUUUGAUGCCACACUCAAGGACAGGGAGCAGAGUUUUGACUCCGCUCCUGGCACCACCAUGUUCCUCCACUGGCUGGUUGGUAUGGUCUAUGUCUUCUACUUCGCCUCCUUCAUCCUUCUGCUCAGAGAGGUGCUCCGGCCAGGUGUGCUGUGGUUCUUAAGGAACCUGAACGAUCCAGACUUCAACCCAGUCCAAGAGAUGAUCCACCUGCCCAUCUACAGACACCUGCGGAGGUUCAUACUCUCUGUGGUGGUGUUUGGCUCCAUUGUUCUCCUGAUGCUUUGGCUUCCUAUCAGAAUCAUUAAGCUGCUCCUCCCAAACUUCCUUCCCUACAACGUCAUGCUUUAUAGCGAUGCACCGGUCAGCGAGCUGUCGUUGGAGCUGCUGCUGCUUCAGGUGGUGCUGCCAGCAUUAUUGGAGCAGGGUCACACUCGCCAGUGGCUCAAACGCCUCAUCCACGCCUGGACAUUCACAGCUGGAUAUGUGCUUGACCUUCACUCAUACCUGCUGGGAGACCAUGAAGAUGAUGAUGACAACCAGCAAAAUAACCCUCCUGGUCGCCUUAACAACCACCGGAUCCCGGGCCUGGGGGAGGGGCUUCACGCUGCCCAUCAGGCCAUUCUGCAGCAGGGUGGCCCUGUUGGCUUCCAGCCGUACCACCGGCCCAUCAACUUCCCCCUAAAGAUCAUUCUGCUGGUUGUCUUCAUGUGUGUCACAUUGUUACUAGCCAGUCUGAUCUGCCUCACACUGCCAGUGUUUGUGGGUCGUUGGCUGAUGUCCUUCUGGAUGGGCAGUGCCGUGGUUCAUGAGCUGUACACAGCAGCCAGCGGUCUGUACGUCUGCUGGCUGUCCAUUCGAGCCGCCACAGUGCUGCUUUCCUGGAUGCCACAGGGACGGACGGUCAUCAUUCUCAAAGUCCACGAGUGGACAGUCAUGAUCCUUAAGACGUUGGUGGUAGCCAUGCUGUUAGCUGGGGUAAUUCCUCUGCUGUUGGGUCUGCUGUUUGAGCUGGUCAUUGUUGCUCCUCUCAGAGUCCCACUGGACCAGACACCUCUCUUCUACCCCUGGCAGGACUGGGCGUUGGGUGUGCUUCAUGCUAAAAUCAUCGCUGCUGUAACACUGAUGGGCCCUCAGUGGUGGCUCAAAACUGUUAUCGAGCAGGUGUAUGCUAACGGUAUCAGAAAUAUUGAUCUCCAUUUCAUUGUGCGUAGGCUGGCUGCUCCCGUCAUCUGCGUGCUGCUGCUGUGUCUCUGUGUGCCCUACACAAUCUCUAAAGUUGUUGCACCACUGUUGGGUGUGCAGCCAGAGAUGCAGACGCUGGUGGAGAGGAGAAUCUACCCGUUCCUGCUGAUGGUGCUCGUUCUGUUGGCUAUCCUGUCCUUUCAGAUACGACAGUUCAAACGCCUCUACGAACACAUCAAAAAUGACAAGUACCUGGUUGGACAGCGACUGGUGAACUAUGAACGUAAGGCAGGCAGGAUGUCCUCGUCCUCCUACAGCACCUCCUCAUAGACCUGAUUGUGCUGUGGGAUCAGUGGAGCUGACUCACUCAAGCCCACUGCUGUGAGCCACCGUCGGCUCCUGCUGUGACACCUUUCUUGUUUUCUCUGCUCGGCUGUCGGCUUCAAGUGGAGCCUUUAAACUUUAGAGUGCAGCAGAGUCCUUUAGUUCACCAACACGCUGCAGUCGCAGGCUGGGACGUCAGAGAGUGAAGUCAAAACCAGAAAGUCUCACCAAACCUGCAGAAACUGACUGUCCAUCCUGGUAAAUCUUCUGUGUCCAUCGCAGCUGAUGUUUUCAUUUCUAUUUACUUUGUUUUUUAAAAAAAAAAACUUUGUGUUGAAGUUGAUAUGAGCAGAGCGUUUACCUCAAACCGUGCUUCCCUUUGAAUGUUGUAAAAUAUUGUUUAGGUCACACUUUGUGUAGAGCCGUGCACGAGUACAACAAGAAUGCCUCCCUGGUCCCGUUUGCAUCGAUGAGUUUUCCUCACGACACCCUUUAUCAGAAUGAAGUUCAGCGAUGAGGAGGGACAUGAAUGAUGUGGCAAUGUGAUUGUAUUUUUUUUUCUUCUUCUUUUUAGCUGGUUUUUAUUGUGUGUUCAUUGAUUUUUAGUCUUAUAUUUCUGGAGUGAGCUGGUAGAUAGCCCUCUGAGAAUUUGAAAAGAGAAUUAGACUUCUCUGUGGGUACAGUCGCCAAGGACAUGCUGUUUUUUGGUGUUUGAGGCACAGUCCUGAGAGUUUUACCAUCAGGUGGUUUUAAACAAAGCUAAUUCACCUUCUAGAUAGGAGAGGUCAAACACCUGAAAAGUCAGAGCAGAACAAGUGCGUUUUCAGCUCCUUUUUACACUUCAAAUGUGUUUCACGUGCAAACGGCACAGGGACACAGCAGGCGUUUCAGCUCAUUUCUGCAAAUGAGCUGAAACAGGCUGAGGAGCAAAGCGGCCACAGAGGCAAACAGUUUACGCCAUGGCUGCCACCAUCUGUGACGUGACUGUAUUUCUUUACGCCAAAAUAAAAUGCCAGACUGUAUUUUUUUUUUUUUUUUUUUUUUUUUUAAUUUAAACUUUUUCAUUUACACACUGCAAAUCAGUUUGAGUUUCAGUACAGACGGUGGAGCGUAACUGGAGGGAAAACGAUGUUUUUCCCAGCUUAAACUGGGGAAACCUGCUGAGAACACUUGAGAAUGUGUUUGUUACACGCUCAGAGGGACUUAAACAUGACAGAGCUGGCAGUGCUGCUAAUCAGCUCGCUCACACUAACCUGAAAAAUCAGCUGCAUAAAAUAAGAAACAUGACUAAUGAACUAAACUGGAAAGCUCGAGUCAGCCCACCUCAUGCAGAGCCGGCUCGUGUCACUACUUUAUUUACUUCCUUCUGCUCUCAUUAAUCAUUUAAUUGCUGUGACUUGCUAAGCUCAGUCAGGUCGUGACGUAGCACAUCUAAUCAAUUUAGUUACUAAGUAACGCUCUAAUGCUGGCUUCACAUUUUACUGUUUUUUGUAGGUAGAUGUUGAGUUUAUUGCAGUAUCUUCACUGAGAGAGAGCAUUGUUUUUUGGGGGGGGGGGGGGGUUUGGUCCCUCACUUGUGCUCUUGUUGGUCAUUGUAACACAAACUGACAUGCCAGGACAGCAUGGGUCUUUUUAGGGAAAAACUCUUCACAGCACUGAACAAGAGUUUGUCGGCGCCACAUCUGAGGCAGUUUGAGGGUGGGGCGUUUUCUGCAUCCCUGAAUUAAAAUGCUUCAUCUACAAAGGGGUUUUUAGCUUAGCCAUUACUAAAUAUUUUCAUUAACUGCUGUUGCAUAGCUAAAAUUAGCCUGAGCUGUUUGUGGUGAGGAGCAAAAGAGGUCGUGGGUGAAUACGCCGGUUACUCUGGCAGGAGCUUUUCAUGGAGAUUACGAGUGAGCUCAAACUGACUUGCGUUCAAGUGUUCACCACCUUUUAAGGUGAUUUCAGAGGGUGAACUGAUUAUUCUCUGCAUCUCAUGUAGGAAAUUCAGUGCUAAUUGGAAAAUAAGCAAGCCCUCAAUGGCAGGAAGAUCAGAGGGGGCUGCUCCUCAGUUGUCUCAUACUUGUAUUCAGCACUGGUUGUUCUGCAUACUCGGCAUAGAUGUGCAUGAAAUGAAUAGGCUGUAUCUAUAGACCAGCAUAAAUACUGCAAAGAAACUGAAAUGAGAAGUUCUACAAAGAAAAAUGACACUUGCAUGAUUUUAUAUCUGAAUAUCUGGUUUGUAAUCUUUAAGGGAAUAACUGAACAUUCUGUGAAUGGCUGCUCUUUUCUUGCUGAGAUUUCAAUGAGAACAUUGAUAUCACUGUGAAGUCUGAGACUGCGAUGGCAACAAAAGCCACCCACCUGCACCUCUAAAGGUUAAUCACUAAUUAAUGUUUUACGAAAAAGUCAGCAAGUUCCAUUUAAUCUUAGUUUUUUACAUCACUACAUGCUGAGUGACUGUAGGAUGUGUUCUCAUGUGACUGAAAUGUGAGGAAGCGUCACCUUUCACUUUCUACACAUGGCCGUACUCACAAAAGCACUCUGCGUGUGGAAAGUCAUUGUCUGGUAUGCGGCCUCACUGAGAACAUGCUCAGGUUCUCCUUUUUAACAUGACAGUUAUGAGAAGUCAUAUUUAUAGAUCCAGUUCAGCAGACAUUUCAGCACUAAGAGAUUUUUAUUUUCACUGAGUGAAACAAGCUCCGCUUAUUUUCUGAAUUAUUUUUGCUACCAGUCAGAACAGAAGAUGUAUUCCCUGAUGUUGUUUUUAAAGUCCCAAAAGAAUCAUUUGUUACACUCUUUUAUUUUUUAUUAUGCAAAUGCUUUGUAUUGCACCUUGUUCCACAUUUUGCAGUCAUUUCAGAAUCCAUUGUAACACAAUCAUUGGCGCUAGAUUUAUUUUACCUAUUUAACUGUGGCCCGAUACAGUGAGUUUAUGGGUUUUACCUAAAUUGAAGGUUUGCAGUCUUUCUCUCCCCCACACUGCAUUAUUAAAAGUAUCGUGAGUACAAACUGCUUUUCUAUCGAUUUGUGAAUGAUAUUAACUUUAGUGCUGCCGCUGUGUGGAGUGCUCACUUUUAUAUAAAUAUGAUGCUAUAAAGUGACCUUUUAGUAUCUUUCAACUGAGCUGGACACUUUGAAUUUUAGUGUUGACUUUUUAGAAGAAAUGAUUUCUAUUUUUAUAUGUGGAUAAAGGAAGUGGCAUGUACUGUAACAUAAAGGUAUAUACUUGGAGCUCUACUGGUUGUUGGUUCAGUCAUAUGAAACAAUAAAUUGUUAAAGAUU